UUUACACUCUAUAGAAAUCACACAUCCACUCAAGCUGUCUGUAUCAUUUUUCCAUUUCACAAAAAAACUAACAGAGAAAAUGGCAGCUACUUUGCAUUCUCCGCUCUCAUCAGCUCUGAGCUCCUCUUUCUCUCACAAGGAGAAGAAAUUGGGGAAUCGUGUUUUAUUCAUGAAACCGAGCUUCGUGUUCGAGACUCGUCUGCUUUUGCCUUCAAUACGAGCUGCUACGAACUUCUCUUCGUCCCUGGACCCUGGUUUGAGCACCGAAUUAGACUCCGUUGCGAAUUUCAGUGAGAUCGUGCCUGAUACUGUUGUUUUUGAUGAUUUCGAGAGGUUUCCACCAACUGCCGCCACUGUUAGCUCAUCUCUUAUCUUGGGUAUUUGUAGCCUUCCUGAUACUAAGUUCAAGAGUGCUGUCGACACUGCACUGGCUGAUUCUGUGUGUUACAAUUUGGAGAAAUCAGAUGAUCGGAUGGCUUGCUUCUUCAACAAGGCUUUGGUAAAUAUUGGAGGUGAUCUUGCGAAGCUUGUACCUGGUCGUGUUUCUACUGAAGUUGAUGCUCGUCUGGCAUAUGAUACACACGCCAUUGUUCGUAAGGUGCACCAUCUUUUGAAGUUGUAUCAUGAAAUCGGCGUACCUCCAGAGCGAUUGUUGUUCAAAAUUCCUUCAACUUGGCAAGGAAUCGAAGCAUCGAGGUUGCUGGAGUCAGAAGGUAUACAGACACAUAUGACUCUAGUUUACAGCUUUUGUCAAGCUGCAGCUGCAGCUCAAGCGGGUGCUUCUGUUAUUCAAAUUUUUGUUGGUCGGCUUAGGGAUUGGGCAAGGAACCAUACUGGUGAUUCUGAAGUAGAAGCUGCUCUUAGAAGAGGAGAAGAUCCUGGUUUGGCUUUGGUUACAAAAGCCUACAAUUACAUCCAUAAGUAUGGGCACAAAUCAAGAUUGAUGGCUGCAGCAAUUCGUAACAAGCAGGAUGUCUUUAACCUGUUAGGGGUUGACUACAUUAUCUCCCCGUUGAAGAUAUUGCAGUCUCUAAAGGAAUCUGUAACUCCUCCCGAUGAGAAAUAUUCUCUCAUGAGGCGAUUGUCCACACAAUCUGCUGCCUCCUACACUUUUAGAGAUGAAGAGCUUGUUAAGUGGGACCAGUAUAGCUUCGCCUCGGCUUUGGGCCCCGCAGCCACUGAGCUACUAACUGCUGGAAUCAAUGGCUACUCGAACCAAUCAGAACGCGUGGAAGAAUUGUUUGGAAAGAUUUGGCCACCCCCAAAUCCACGGGAAGCGCCGUCUGCCGCCUCUGCACACCGAUCACCACCAUCAGCCACCUGUGUCUAUCUCCUAUUGGCCGUCACUAUCCUCGCCACCUCUCCCAGAAAUCCCAUACUUUUGAUAACCCUAGCAGCUGGAAGCACUAUGGGAAAGAAAAAAUCCGAUGAAAGUGCUGCUGGCACAAAGGCUAAGCAGAGUAGUAAAGAGAAGCUCUCAGUAUCUGCAAUGCUUGCCAGCAUGGACUCGAAGCCUGAUAAGCCAAAGAAAGGACCAACUUCUAGUAAACCAAAACCCAAAGCUGCGCCGAAACUCUCGUCUUAUACAGAUGGGAUCGACCUUCCGUCCUCUGACGAGGAGGAAGAUGAUAUGUUGGGCUCUGAGGAAGAACAAAAGCAAUAUGAUUCCCAUAGAAACCCUUCCCGGCAGACUAGAACUGAAUCGAGACCCCUCGAUAUUAACAUUAGCAACAAAGAGUUGAAAAAACGAGAAAAGAAGGAUCUGUUCGCUAACCAGGCUGCUGAGCUGGCGAAGCAGGAGGCCCUCAUGGAUGACCGUGAUGCAUUUACUGUGGUAAUUGGUAGUCGAGCUUCUGUUCUUGAUGGUGAGGAUGAAGCCGAUGCGAACGUCAAAGAUAUAACUAUCGAUAACUUCUCCGUGUCCGCUCGCGGGAAGGAGCUCUUGAAGAAUGCAUCGGUUAAAAUUUCUCACGGUAAGAGAUAUGGGCUGGUUGGGCCUAACGGUAAGGGUAAGUCUACCUUGCUAAAGCUUCUCGCUUGGAGGAAAAUACCCGUGCCUAAAAACAUCGACGUGCUUUUGGUCGAGCAAGAAGUCGUCGGUGAUGACCGAACGGCGCUCGAAGCAGUUGUUUCGGCAAAUGAAGAACUAAUUAAGCUUCGGCAAGAAGUCGCGUCCUUGCAGGAUGAUGCAUCGAACGUGCCAGCUGGCGAAGAAGAAGAUGAUGCGGGCGGGAAGCUUUCGGAACUUUACGAGAAGUUGCAGUUGAUGGGUUCGGAUGCUGCCGAGGCUCAGGCAUCGAAGAUUCUUGCUGGCUUGGGUUUUACGAAAGACAUGCAGUGCCGUGCCACGCGGUCUUUCAGUGGCGGUUGGAGAAUGAGGAUUUCGUUGGCCCGAGCACUUUUCGUUCAGCCGACUCUUUUACUUCUGGACGAACCUACCAAUCAUCUCGACCUAAGGGCAGUGUUGUGGCUAGAAGAGUACUUGUGCAGAUGGAAGAAAACUCUAGUGGUUGUUUCGCAUGAUCGUGAUUUUCUCAACACCGUUUGCAACGAAAUUAUCCACCUUCACGAUAUGAAACUCCAUCUAUAUAGGGGAAAUUUCGAUGAAUUUGAAGUCGGGUACGAGCAGCGCCGGAAAGAGAUGAAUAAGAAGUUCGAGAUUUACGACAAGCAGGUAAAGGCUGCCAAGAGGUCCGGGAGUCGGGCGCAGCAGGAGAAAGUCAAGGACCGAGCCAAAUUCAAUGCUGCAAAAGAAGCCUCGAAAAAUAAAGGUAAAGGCAAGGUUGUUGAUGAAGACGAGCCCUUACCAGAGGCCCCACAAAAAUGGCGGGACUACACUGUUGAGUUCCAUUUUCCCGAGCCAACGGAGUUAACGCCGCCGCUUUUGCAGUUGAUUGAAGUUAGCUUUAGUUAUCCUAACAGAAAGGAUUUCAGGCUCUCGAAUGUUGAUGUCGGUAUUGAUAUGGGGACUCGUGUCGCUAUAGUUGGGCCAAACGGAGCUGGAAAAUCGACCCUGCUCAACCUACUUGCCGGAGAUUUAGAACCGAGCGAAGGCGAAGUAAGAAGAAGUCAGAAACUAAGAAUCGGUAGAUAUUCGCAGCAUUUUGUCGAUCUACUGACGAUGAACGAGACUCCAGUACAAUAUCUUCUUCGUUUGCAUCCAGAUCAAGAAGGACUCAGCAAGCAGGAGGCUGUUAGGGCGAAGCUCGGCAAAUUUGGACUUCCGAGCCAUAAUCAUUUAACACCAAUUGCAAAGCUAUCUGGAGGGCAGAAAGCUCGGGUUGUGUUUGCUUCUAUAUCCAUGGCCAAGCCGCAUAUUCUGCUUUUAGAUGAACCGACCAAUCAUUUGGAUAUGCAGAGUAUCGAUGCCUUGGCAGAUGCACUUGAUGAGUUCAGUGGUGGAGUUGUACUGGUGAGUCAUGACUCGAGGCUCAUAUCUCGUGUCUGUGAAGAUGAGGAGAGGAGUGAAAUAUGGGAGGUGAAGAAUGGAACUGUCAAGGCCUUCCCAGGUUCGUUCGAAGAAUAUAAGGAGGAGCUUGUUAAGGAAAUCAGAGCAGAGGUUGAUGAUUGAGUCUGAGUCUGCUUGAUUUCAAGUGGAAUGCCUGUUUGCGGACGAGCUGAGUUUGAAACACUCAUUGAAGUCAUGUUAAAGCUGAUGAUCUCUACAUCUCUUCCUCUCAUCGGAUGAAUUGACCUUAUUUUGAUUAAUGGGUUUCUUUCUUUCUUUCUUUUUUCUUUUUCCUAACAAUUGUCACCUCUUAGUUAUAGAACUUCAUGUUUCGAUGGUUUGAGUUUAUGGCAGCUGCUCAUUAGUCAUGACUUUAUCUUUGUUCUUUCAAGAAUUUAUACGGCUUGUGCAAAUUGUUGUGCUUGUGCUUCUGCAUUUUUCCUAUAAUCUUC